AAAAAAUAUUUGUAACAUGCAACAGAUAAAGGCCUAAUAGAGUUAACAUAUAAAGAAAACUUGAAAAUUAAGGAGAGGACCAAGGACCCACUAGAAAAACGUGAAAAAGACAUGAACCAGCAAUUUGCAAAGGUAUUUAAAUUGUCCUUAAACAUAAGAGAAAGGCAAAAUAAAACAUCACUGAGGUACUAAUCAACUAUCAUAUUAGUGAAAAUAACGAUAUGACAUACUUUAAAGUAUGUAUGUUAUGUUCAGCCCAGGCUGAGGGAGUGUAGAGAAGGUGGCCGGGCCUGCCAGGGAAUGGUGGCUCACGUGUGGGAGGAGUGGUGGGGUAAGUGACAGGCAGAAGGCACACUUGGAGGUCCGGCCAGGGUAGGGGGACCCUCACCAGGGGCAAGAUGCAAGUGCUGUCUGGACCUGCUUUCCACCCCAUGCCCUCAGUCUCCCAUGUCUCCUCUUUCCUCCACUCCUACCCACCCAGGACAGGAGAAAGAGGGGAAAUCUCAACAUGGAAAAACCCUACAGUAAAAAUGAAGGGAAGCCGGAAAACGAGGGAAAGCCAGAAGAUGAAGUAGAGCCUCAAGAUGAAGGAAAGGGUAUCGAGAAACAAAACACUCCUACACUGCUGGUAGAAAAGCAAAAAUGGGCCUGAGACUCGGUUGAGGGAAUACCCUGGACAUGUAGAUUUAGGAGUCAUUGGUGUUUAGAGGGAAGUGAGAUCACCCAGGAAAAGAGGACAUGUGCAAUGAGGAGAGAGGAGUCCCAGGACAACCCCAGGAGCACCAGCACUCAAGGUGCAGCUCAGCUUCCUGGCAGGCACCGGCACCUGGGCUUGAGUCAGGCAGAGCCGGUCUUGAAAGUGGGCUUUGGGGUUCAGGAGCUGAGCGCUCUUGGCAAAGUCGGGUACCCUCUCUGAUCCGCUGCCACACCUGCCGAUAAUGGACAUCUGAGGGAUGCUAUGAGACACACCAGGUCUGCGAGUCUGUUGUUCCCAGCACUCUGCGAGGCCUGAGAAGGAGGAGCAACCUGUCCAGAAGCCCCGCAGGACAGGAAAAGGGGAAAUCUCAACAUGGAAAAACCCUACAGUAAAAAUGAAGGGAAACCGGAAAACGAGGGAAAGCCAGAAGAUGAAGUAGAGCCUCAAGAUGAAGGAAAGUCAGACAAGGAAGAAAAGCCGGACGUGGAAGGGAAGCCAAAAUAUGAGGGAAAGCUAGAGGAUGAGGGAAAGCCACAUGAUGAGGGGCAACGGGAAGAUGAGGGAAAGCAAGAAAAGCAGGGCAAGUCCGAAGGUGAGGGCAAGACAGAAUCCCAGGCAAAGCCAGAAAGCCAGCCGCGGGCCGCGGAAAAGCGCCCAGCUGAGGAUUAUGUGCCCCGGAAAGCAAAGCGAAAAACGGACAGGUGGACGACGGACGAUUUCCCCAGGAAUUCUCAGGAGGACUUACAGGAAAGGCAUCUGAGCAGUGAGGAGAUGAUGAGAGAAUGUGGAGAUAUGUCAAGGGCCCAGGAGGAGCUAAGGAGAAAGCAGAAAAUGGGUGGUUUUCAUUGGAUGCAGAGAGAUGUACAGGAUCCGUUUGCAGCAAGGGGCCAACGGGGCAUCAGGGGAGUGAGGGGCGGAGGUAGGGCCCAGAGGGGCUUACAUGAUAUUCCAUACAUUUAACGCCUUUGGCCUUCAAUUCUGACUUCUCUGAUGAGAAUAUUGCUGGCCCUGCUUUUCCUGGUAGAUAUUUGCCAGGCUCUGUGCUUUAACCUUAAGCUGAUAAUUUGCUUUAGAUGUCACUCUCGUUACCAGCAGCCUUUUGAUCCAAUGACAGUGUUCUUUUGGUAGAGGAUUUUCACCCAUGUGCAUGGAAGAGAUGUACAUUGUAAAAUAACAAUAAAAAAGUUUGCAGAACCGCA